ACAAAUUCAGUGACAGAGAUGCCAUGUUCUUUGCUGGUGCCAUGCAGAACAACAGACACUUGGAGGAACUGAACCUGAGUGGAAACGAGUUUAGUGAAGUUGGCGGGGGAUUCAUGGGAGCUGGAAUAGGUGCGAAUGAAACCAUCACCGCCCUGAACCUCAGCUGGAAUCACCUACGACAGAAGGGUGUGUUUGCCCUGUGCAGGGGAAUAAGGAGCAACAACACGCUGCAGUGGCUGGACGUGUCGUGGAACGGGUUUGAUGACGAGGGUGCGUCUGGCCUGGCGACCGUGCUGAAGUACAACGAGGUUCUGACGUACAUCGAUCUGACCAACAACAGGAUCACAUCGAAAGGCGCCAUGAAAAUGGCGAAGGCCCUGUUUAUCAACAAGACACUACAGACGCUUAGGCUUGGGAAGAACCCUAUUGACAUGGAUGGAUCGUUGCAGCUACUCAAGGCUAUUAGAGGAAACGAGCAGUCUGGGAUGCAUGUGCUGGACCUAACGGAUGUCCUGUUGAGUCAGGAGUUCCUGGAACUGUACACUGUUGUCCAAGAGGAGCGGCCACACUUCAGUGUAGUGUAUGGAGGGGUGGGACAGGACCUGAGCUGGAUAGUAGGCGACAAAAAGCACAUGCGGAGGGACCCGAUGCAGGUGUUCCAGGACUACAUCUACCAGAACCACACACGAGUCAUCACCGUCUUUCAGAGCUUCAACAGGGAGGACAGGGAUAAAGUCACCAGGGAGGCCUUCAAAAGGGGCCUUAAGGGGGCCAAAAUACCGCUGUCAGCUUACGAAAUCGAGCACAUGCUGGAUCGCCUGGAUGCCGACGGGGAUGGCAUGAUCAGUUAUGCUGAUGUCAUGGCUGGCCAGAAGGAGCUGUUUAAGAAGAAGAGAGAGGAGGAGUGGAAGAAGUACACAGAGGUCCUGGAGGAGCGAAGGAAGAGAAGACAGGUCAAGGAGAAGUUGGAGGGUGCCCUGGACGUGUUGGACAGGGAACCCAGGACUGCAGAGGCUUGGAUCAGGGCGCUCCAUCGCAUGAAGCAGAAGCAGACCAAUCCAUCACGAUCCAGCACGAGGUCGGGAUCCCGGCUGGGAACGAGCAGACCCGCCAGCAGGAUCAGCACAAAUGGAGCCGCGGAGGGGACACCGCGGGAAUCAGCGGCCAGGACCCCGCAGUUGAUGAGUGUCGUGGGCAGUGUCUGGAAGAAGCCACAUAGGAACGAGAGACUGACGUCGUCUUCAUCGCCGGUCAGCGACCAACCUCGCUCCGCCCUCAGCCGGGCUGGGAGUGCUGCUGGUAGAACACGGACUGAUCCACAUACAUGAUCCAC